AUGGCAGCCACACGGCGUUCUGCGCGUAUCAGCAGCAAGGCGAGCGCUCAAGAAGCAGCUGAGAAUACAAAACCUGCUGCUGCUGCUCCACCUCCACCUCCAAAGGAGAACAAGAGGAAGAGAAAGGCAAUUCCCAACCCCGAGCCAGCAGAGCCCAAGACACCCACCAAGAAGCAGCGACCAGUUGCUCCCCCCUUAACACCCACCACCAGCGCCGUAGGUCUCAAUGGCGAAGACAAGGGCGCGGCUCCCAAGGCCGUCACUCGCCUCGCAGACCCCAGAUUCUCCAAUGCGACGCUGCUGUCGCCCCAGACGUCGCGGAUAAUUGCUUCGCGCAACGCGGAGCCCGAGUCGCCUUCAAAAGCGGCUUCUAUCGGCGGUAAGACGACAACGACGACGACGGCUACAUUGCUGCGCGAGGCGUGCGAUCAUUUGAUCAAGGUGGAUGAGCGUAUGAGGCUUCUGAUUGAGAAGCACCACUGCCAUGUGUUCUCACCCGAGGGACUGGCUGAGAAGAUUGACCCGUUUGAGAGCCUGGUGAGCUCCAUCAUAUCGCAGCAGGUAUCCGGCGCCGCAGCUCGGUCAAUCAAAGCAAAAUUCAUCGCCCUCUUUUUCCCACAAGACGAGGCUUCUCAACCUACCAAUUACGAGUCCGCCGUAGACAGAUUCCCGGCGCCAUCCGACGUUGCUGCAUGCUCCAUCGAGAAGCUGCGCACCGCCGGCCUGUCGCAGCGCAAGGCAGAAUACGUACAGGGUCUUGCUGAGAAGUUUGCGAGCGGCGAGAUUACGGCGCAAAUGCUUCACGAUGCGCCAGACGAGGAACUCAUGGAGAAGCUCGUCGCUGUGCGUGGGCUGGGCAAGUGGACCGUCGAGAUGUUUGCCUUUUUCGCCCUGAAGAGGAUGAACGUCUUCUCCCUGGGCGAUCUCGGCAUUCAGAGGGGCAUGGCUGCCUUUGUCGGUCGAGAUGUGGCCAAGCUCAAGAACAAGGGAGGCAAGUGGAAGUAUAUGUCGGAGCAAGACAUGGUGGAACUGUCAGACAAGUUCAGACCGUAUCGGAGUUUGUUUAUGUGGUACAUGUGGAAGGUGGAGGAGGUUGAUGUCAGCACAAUGGGAAUGUUGCAGGAGGAAGCUCUCUACAGUUUCGAGGUCGAGAGGGGUGAUUGCAUCAAUGAAGACGGCUUUCUGCGUCAUAUCGCGAUGCACUGUAUGGAGUACCAACAGGCGCAUACUAAACCCAUCGCUAAUUCAUCUUGUGACCACUCGGCCAUCCAGAUGCUCUCCAUUGCCGGCAUUGCUCGUAUCGCAACGGUCGGGUCGGAGACUAUUGGAGCUUCGGGAGACAAAGUGUGGCACACCCGCUGUGCCAAGCAGCCACCAAUCGACGUCGUCUUCACGGGCACUCAAUGCAGAUACGUCAGCGCGGCGCGUCUUGAGUGGUUUGCCGGACUUCGAGGUCGUCAUCGCCGGCAUCGUGGACCGGACGGCGUUGCCGCAAUGCCGGGUGCAGCAGAGGGAAACAUUAAGCGGCAGAUGGACCAUGAAACGAUGAAACGCUUGGGUUCAAUAUGA